AUGAUUGUGAUUGAUAAUGUCAGCUCAGAGCCCUCUGAGCCGGUUCAUCGUGGCCGCUGGUGUCGGGGUAUGAGCUGGUUGUGGGGUGCAGCCUGGUUGCGGGGUUCAGGCUGGGUGGUCUUGCUCUGCCUGCUGGUUCUCAUCUACGGCUCUCACGCCCCCCUCAUCGCUCUCACUCAAUCUGAUGGCCAAGUCCCCUUUAGCCCCUCAUCCUGUGUCAUCCUCAUCGAGCUCACCAAGCUGCUGGUUUCCACGGCAACGCUCCUGGCCACGGAGGGCCGUUCCGCCCUCUUCAGCACGUCGGUCCGCGGGGUCCAUGUGCUGCCCUACGCCGCCCCUGCGGUGCUCUACUCCCUCAACAACAACCUGGUGGUGUAUAUGCAGGCUCACAUGGACCCCAGCACCUUCCAGCUGCUCAGCAACCUCAAGAUCGUCUCCACGGCAAUGCUCUACUCGUCCUGCCUGGGAAAGAGGCUGCGGCCCACCCAGUGGCUGGCCCUGGGCCUGCUGACGAUGGCCGGGGGAGCACACAGCUACAGCAGCCUGGGGAAUGAGGCAGCGGCGGGGCCGGAGGACCACUGGGGCCCCAGGCUUCACGUGAAUGGGCAGGGCCUGGUGCUGCUGCUGGUGUACUGCUCAUCCUCGGGCCUGGCGGCCGUCAUCACUGAGCGCACGCUGAAGAGCCAGCGGCUGCCGCUCAGCCUGCAGAACAUUUUCCUCUACAGCUGGGGCGUGGUCAUCAAUGUUGCGACUCACGUGGGCGGGAACGGCAAGGAGAGGAGCUUCCUGGAGGGCUUCUCUGCUCUGGUGUGGCUGAUUGUGAUUGGGCAGGCAGCGGCGGGCCUGAUGAUGUCAGUGGUGAUGAAGCACGGCAGUGGAAUCACACGGCUCUUCGUCAUCUCCUCAGCCAUGCUGGUCAACGGCGUCAUCUCCUGGGCAAUGCUGCGACUGCAGCUCACACCACUCUUCCUUCUGCCCACGGGACUCGUCGCUAUCGCUGCCUAUCUGUACUACAGGUAGCAGCCAGCCACAGCCCAGCUGUGUUACAGCUAAUGCCUAACUACUAGACAACUGUACUACAGGGAACAACCAUGCACCGCAGUACUACAACACGCCUGUGUCUCAUGUUACAGACACCCACAACACACAUGUGUCACAGGUUACAGACACCCACAACACACAUGUGUCACAGGUUACAGACACCCACAACACGCCUGUAUCACAGGUUACAGACACCCACAACACGCCUGUAUCACAGAUUACAGACACCCACAACACGCCUGUAUCACAGGUUACAGACACCCACAACACGCCUGUAUCACAGGUCAAAUGCAGCUCCAGCAUACCUGCACAACAGGUAACAAUCAGCCACACCUGGACAGAUGAAGGCAGCAUAGCUCAGAAUGUGAAUUCUAAGAAGAGCUCUGACUGACAUAGACAAUGGUGUUUUGUUUUGUGUAGACAUUUGUGUUUUUUUUUUCUGAUUUCAGCGAUAUCACUGUUAGUUUGAUUUUCUUCCGGUCUGUUGCUCCAGGGCUUCAUGAGUUCCCAAGUGGUCAGAAAGACCCCCUGUCCCUGACACACAUCCAAUGGUCAUGUCUUAAAAACAAAACCAGUGCCCUUUUAGCUAACCCUGCCCUCCUCGUAAGGCAAUAGACAGUCACAGAGCACUUUAACCACGAGGGGAUGGCCAGAGAGAGAGGGAGAGAUGGUUCUGGAUGCAGCUGUUGUACUGGUAUCUCAAUGAGAAUGGAUUCCAUCUGGUCAUAUUGGCCUUGUCAUCUCUCUUCCUCCACUCCUCCCUCCCCUCUCUCUCUUAUUAACUCCUCUGUUUCUCCUCCUCCAUUAGUCUCUCCUCUCUUACCCCUGUCCACCCCCCCCCACCCCCAUCAGUCAGAAAAAUCCAGUCAUACCUCACGUCUGUGCUGUGCUGACGUUCCUUCACACACAGACACACACACACACACACACGCGCGCGCACACACACACAAAACAGUGAGCUGAUGCUCCUCAUCUCAACCCUUCAUUUCAAAGUGUGUGUGCUUCUGUGUCUGUUUCAGCCAAUUAAACACAAUGGGAAACACAAUUUUAAAAUGGCAACAGAAGUGGUACAAAUAUAUAUAUCAUGUAUUAUCUAUGUUUAUGAUGAAAAAGUGUUAAUAAAGAUUGGAUUGCUGUCAGAACGGCAA